AUGGCAUCGCCCAUGGAUAUCCAAAUCCUUGAAAGUGAUUCGGACAUGGAAGAUUCAAUGGAAGAAAAUGUACUUAAUAACUCUAAUAAUGAUUUCCCAUUCCCUAGAUUUGAAAAAUUUUUUAAAAUAAAUAUUAAAACAAAAUCUGGAUUCAAAUUCCUAACUUAUUUGGGAAUCACAGGCCAUUGGUUAGACCCUAGGACUUUAAAAAGAAGAUCUGUAGCCUUAGCCCUUAAAAGGAUUAUAGGAUGCCAGACAUAUGACGUACUUGCAAAUAAAAUUAUUGACAUCCACAAGUCUUUUAGGAUUCAUAAUAAAGUUUGCAAGAUGGUUACUGAUAAUGGGUCUAACUACCUGAAGGCAUUUAGAAUAUUUGGUGAGGAUAAUGCUGAAGAUGAGAUACAGAAUGAUAGUCAACAUGCAUUGGAAGAGGAGGAAAUAGGUGUUGAUGCCAAUGAUAUUAAUGAGAUCUUAGAAGAAGGAUCUUCAACUAACUCCACAAUGUUACCCAGCCAUCAGAGAUGCUCCUGUCAUAAUUUAAAUUUGAUAGCAACAGUAGAUGCUGAAGGAGCUUUAAAUGAUGAAGAUUUUAAAAGGGUGUCAAGAUCGACAUUUUAUGUCAAACUUUAUGGAAUAAGCAGAACAAAUCUCCUAAAAAAAAACGACGUAUUCAGAUACCUCACGCUAGGAUUUAGAAUAUCUCAGUUUCAAACCAAAAAGAUCGAUAUUGGAGUAAGUAGUAAUAAACUUUAUAUGGACAAUAUAAUGCCACGCUUAUGA